AUGAAAUUAAUUUCUUUAAUUGCUCUUACUACACUCCUCGUAACUUUAGCUGAAUCCGCGCCAGCUAAAACCUGUUCAUUUACCGUUAAAGAUCUCAAAGAUGGAAAUGAACCUCUUGAUACCUAUGUUGUUACACUCAAAACGCCUUCCAAUCAAAAUGAGGCUGCAAAAGUCGAGAAAAACCAUUUUAAUUUAUUAAAACAAUGCGCAAACAAAAAAAUUAAAAAUAUAUUUGAUUUAUUUGAUCUUGAUGAUAAAGUUCUUGAUCAGAUUCAAAAAGAUUCAAAAAACAUUUUAAAUUUUAGUGUCAAAGGAUUUAGUGUAUAUUCAGGAAAAUUUACCGAUAGUUUUGUCAAGAAUCAUCUAUCCAAGAUACCAGAAAUUUUAUCAAUUCGAAAAGAUAUCAGUUUAAAAAAUCUUGAUCGAGUUGAUGAAAGAGAAUUUCCGUUAGAUGGAAAAUAUCAAUCCCCAGAUGGAAAAUGCCAAGGAGCGAAUGUUUAUGUUCUUGAUACAGGAAUUAAUAUUCGUCAUGUAGAUUUUGAGGGAAGAGCCAAAUUUGCUGCUGCCUUUUGUACUGGAUGUGGAAAAGUAGACGAUAACGGUCAUGGUACAAUGGUUGCUGGAAUAGUUGGUGGUAAACAGUUUGGUGUCGCCAAAUUAGUAAACCUAUUUGCCGUCAAAGUAUUAAAUGCUCAAGGUUCAGGUUUCUUAUCGGAACUUAUUAUGGGAAUAAACUUUGUUGUUAAAGAGCAUGAAAAAUCGAAGAAUAAGAAAACUAUCAUCAAUAUGUCUUUAGGCUUUAAUCAACGAGUAGAAGAUGCUGAUCGCGCAGUUAAGAACGCUCAUGAUAGAGGUGUUAUUGUUGUG